UCGACGGCCACCGCCGCCGCCGCUGCUGUCGCUGCACGCGCGCACCCUCACACACGUACACCCGCGUACUCAUCGCGUACACCCGACGAUCGUUGUGUUGCGUACGCGGUCGGUGCGUGCUAGUCGUCGGCGCACCAGUGUGCUGCAGGGGAUGACCCGGAAUCACCAGUCGUCAGUGACAGCCUCGUCUCGAACGCGCGACAAUCGCAUACGAUCAUAAUAUCGCGCGACGUUCUGUCGUCAGCAGCGGCGUAAGUCGUUCGCGGCCGAUUCGCCCGCGAUUCCCGUGCCAGCUGUGUAACAGUCACGAUAACGUUACGAUCCUAUAAGGCGAAGAUCUCGCCCGUCGGUGUGUCUCUGCAAGCCAGCUCGAAGUGCACGCCACCGAAUGCGCUGCAGCUGCGGGACGGCCGCCCGCGCGACGGCUGCCGCGACGCUGCCGCGGCCGCUAUCGAUUGCCAUGGUCGGCUGCCGUUAGGACGACCGUGCGAGCGGCGUACAUCGACAACGACGAAGACGGCGCCGCCGCUGCCGCCGCCGCCGCCGCCGCUGAUAAAGACAAAGACGUCGUCGGGGAAAAAGACGACCACGGUGAAGAUAACAAUAACGGUACGAAUUGGACGCGCCGCCGCAACUGAGCAACUAGAAAACCGUCGUCCGGGACCUGGGGUUGUGGCGGCCGUUGCCGUUGCAUCUGCAGCACCGGAACCGCCCGCGCGUCCACGUCUGUCUGAAUCGUUCCCAUCGGUUCGGCUAUCUGCCAUGGGAACCGUGCUCAGUAUCAGCCCCAAAGACCGCAAGUCCGUGUACCCGGCCAUGGCCACUAGUGCUAGCGCGGCCGAGUUUACGCUCAGCAGCUUCACAUACGAGCAGCUGACGAAACGUCGGCACGCCGACGUGAUGGCCGGUCGUAGCAUAUCCAUGAUGCUGCCAGCCAAUAUAAACAUAAAUACCAUCAACAACAACAUCAUCAACAACAACAACAACAACAACAGCCACAACCAUCACCACCACAACAACUCGGAAAACAACUGCAAGACGGCGACAAUGGGUUGCGAACCUCAUCAACAGCAGCAGCAGCAGCAGCAGCAGCAGAGAGGCACGCUGGAAAAGAGUCUGAAAAAACAUUCGGCUCUGAUCAACGCGCUCAGCUGGAAGCGGUUCAGCACGUCGCAAAACAAAAAGAAGCUGGACAACGGUGGCACAGUCGGCGUCGGAGGUGGCGUCAAGUCUAAGCAACUGUUGGCCGGCCGUCAACCGUUGGUGGACACCAACGCCAACGUCGACUGCGGCGGCGGUCGGUCCAACGGCGUCCGCCGGUCGGCCACCACCACGGGGUUGGACGUGGCCAACAACAACAGUGGCGGUACCGACAAACUGGUGCCUAGAGUCACUCUCGUCCCGUCACACACGUGCCACAACCUCGUGCCGCGCAAGACCAUCAUACAAGCGAGCACGUCCGAGUUGCUCAAGUGCCUGGGCAUUUAUUUGCACCACAAGUGCUACAAGCUCAACGAUUUCCAGGCGGGCGACGCGGUCAUGUGGUUGAGGACUGUGGACAGGAGUCUACUCAUACAGGGAUGGCAGGACGUGCCGUUCAUAAACCCGGCAAACGUGGUGUUCGUGUACAUGCUAGUUCGGGAGUUGGUCGACGAACGUGUGGCCACGGAACCGGAACUGCAAGCCGUAGUUCUCACAUGCUUGUACUUGGCAUACUCGUACAUGGGCAACGAGAUAUCGUAUCCGCUGAAACCUUUUCUGGUCGAGGACAGUCGGGACGCGUUCUGGGACCGGUGCCUGGGCAUCGUCCGCGCAAUGUCAUCCAAGAUGUUGCGCAUCAACGCGGAGCCCGCGUACUUCACGGAGAUUUUCAGCGAACUUAAAGCGUGCGGCACGCUCAACUCGGUGUUGCAAUCGGCGUGAUGAUCGCACUGCCGCCGUCGCCGUUCACAGUAACCACCACGAAACAUGCAGUACAAACCGCGUCAUCGUCGCUUCCUCCGCUAGCAGCAGUUGUAACACCUGUCAAUUGCAACGGUAACGCGCAUCGCCAUAAAUAUUGUGAUAACGUUACGUAUAUACUGUCGAUCGUUCAAACCAUAAUAUUAUAUUAAUGUUCAUAAAACAUAUGUUAUGAGUAUUGAAACACGUCUUCCUACAGUGUCUACAGCGUUAUAUAAUAUUAUUAUCAUUAUUAUUAUUAUUAUUAUUAUAUGUCACCGCGUAUUCCCCCUCUCCUCGUCACAAUUCGAUAGCCAUAACUCUCUGGGAAACAUCACUAUAUAUAAGGUGUGUUCUAAUAUAAAAUGUGGAGACGUGGGGACUAGUUUCAGACUGAUCUGUGAUUGAUUUUAACAUGCGCUUAUGUGAUUCGAGACUCUGUUGGGACGCGUUUCAAACUACAGUGUCUCUAACUCCAAAUUUCCACUGGAUCCACGAAAAAGUAUACAGGUAUGUCGAUAAAUGUGUGGUAUGCAUAACAGUAUUUGCCGACUAUUCUCAAAAUUCCAUCAGUAAGUCUAGUUUACCUCUUCUUUUUAGUAGAAUGUAUGAUUUGAAUGAAUUGUCUUUUGAUGAAUGAUUUAACAACCAAUGAGAUGAGGCAAACUAUGACUAUGGCAGGAAACGGAAGUAUGUGUACAGCUGGACCGUAACUUGUAUUAUUUUUGACAUACUUAUUUGUUUUUCAUGCACUGAGAAUUCCAAGUUAGAAACUAAUCAUAAAAAGUACUUUAAUAAUGUGUUGAAACAUCAGUCUGACAGUUUAAGUUUGCAUUUCUUCAGUCAUGUUGGAACGUCAUAAUUCUACUGCGCAUUUUUCCACCGCUAUAAUUGUUCUAUGAUGGUUUGACCGCGGUGUUGGAACAAUUUCGUUAUGUACUGUCACCUAAUAUUACUAUCAUAAACCAGCUAUUUCGUGUAUUGAAAGAACACUAUAUAUAAAUCAACAAAAUCAUGCUAUUUUAGUAUUAUACCGAGGUCCGAGGUAAUGCUGUUAAUAAUAAAUGCAUAAAUAUUAUAUUCGAGAAGUUUGUAUAGUGAGUACACUGCUUGAUUAUGUUAUGUUAUCACAAUAUUCCAUGUACUAUAUUCAUGUACAAAGAUGUUUUGAUUUUGCUUAAGCAGAUCUUACCCAGAACAUACGAGAUUGCGAUGAAACACCGUCGGCCGUAAAACAUUAUAUAUUAUUGUAAUAUACUUAUGCGCAAGGUAAAAUAUAACGUUUGCGCACACCCGUCCACCCGCCACCGCCCAUCAUGUCCGUCCACGUUCUCGAAUCGAUAAAUCCCUCUGCCGGGGUUCCCUUACCCAUCGAAAAUUUUCCUGAAUAAGUUAUAUUAUGCGGGUGGAGCGGAAGUUUUUUCCCCUCGUACCAUUAUAACCGUUUUUACCAAUACUUGGAAAUGCGCAUAAUCGUAUUUCUUUUCGAACUACCUCAUCGGUGACGGUAAAAAUUCAAUGAGAAUUCUCAAAAUAAAUUUAGUCUGUUUCGUCAUAACUGUAGGCAUAACUUAUAUUUCUAAUGAUUUGUAAUCAUUUUAAAGCCUCCAGAAUUUAAAUCUAAUCUCUUCGACAAAAAAAAUGGGGGCUGAAAGCAUGAUACAUAGAGUUGGUCACUUGUGACAUGUCAGGUUUUUCGCGCCUUGACUUAAAAAAAGAAGAAGAUAAGGUGAAGUAAUUUAUUUCUUUUUAUAUGCGAAUAGGGUUGCUCCGUGCACGAAUAUUUGGAAUAAUAAUUAUAUAGAGAAUCUUAUAAUUCGUUGUUUCACCUUUACGUUUCCACCGUCACGUAGUGCCCACCACUGAAAUCCAUCUAUCUAUAUUAUAUACAAUAUACAUACUACUUAAUUUAUACUUUAGAAAACUGAUAAAAAUUUAAAAUCAGCAAUCUGCAUAUAUUAUAACAUAAACAUAUAUACGACCUGGUAGGGGCUUAGGGGUAUAGGGAUCCAACCCCUAUUUAAUUAUGUAAAAUAUAUAAAAAAAAUUCGAAAAUGCAUUUAGAUAGUUUGACCGAUGUUCGGAAAGAGUGUAUUAUGUUUUUGUCAGGCAUUUAUUACGUAUACUACGAUAACAACACAUAAUUAAACAUUAUUGUACACACUAUAGUCAUCGUAUACGCGUUUUACAUAAAAUAAUAACUAAUAACUCAUUAACAGUAUUACGUUCACGGAGAUCGAACUUACAAGGCGAUUGAUGUGUAUAUAUUUAUGUAUAUCUAAUGAUUUUUUUUAUAAUCUAUAUUAUAUUUUUUUAUCGAAAGACAUAUUACACUGAAUGAACUAUAUAAAUUAUCAAAAUAAACAACUGUGUAUAGAGUAAUUGAUGAUAUUUCAAAAAAAUCAACGAGUAGGUUUAAUUAUAUUAUAAUAUAAUUAUAUGUUUUAGACGUUUUAAUUUGUUCAGUUCUUAAUCCCUCGCCGUCACCCAUCAUGUCUAACUGUCGAAUUCUCUGGCAAUAAUUUACAAUAAUUUUUUUAUCGUGGUAGUAUAAUAAAUAUAAUAAUAUUCGAUAUUGAUAAAAUAUAUUAUUCGUCAUAUAACAGUGAUAACCUCUCCCUCAUAAAAUAAGCGCACGCACAACAGAAGAAAGGCAUUUUACUUUUUAAAUUUGAAUACAUAUAUAAUAUAAUAACGUAACCAUUGAACAAAAUUAUACAUUUUCGAGGCGAUUUUCUAUUUAUUUUGUGGUGACCCAAACGCCUGUGCGUGUGUACGGGUGGGAUGGGGCACGUGAUAAUAAAUACCACGGCCGCUUCAGCCCGCGUAGUCGUACUUACUUGUCGUUUGGACAACCGUAAAGCACGGGUUCAAAAUUCCUCCAUUUUUUAAAAUAAAAGAAAAAAAUAUUAUUAUUAUUAUUAUUAUUAUGGUAAUUAAUGUUUGUUUUAAUAUAAUUUUUUUUAUAAUAUUACAGAUAUUAUAAAUAUUAUAUUAUAUUAUAGAUAGACAUAAAACGAUGUUGUUAUAACUUAUAACUUAUAAGUGUAUCGAAUUAAAUUUGAAAAGCCGUACGAUGCAAUAUAAUUAUUAUGACGCCAUCAUUAAAUAAAAUAAUAUCUAAGUAAUUAUAUAGGCAAAUAUAAAGCAAUUUUUUUUUUAGAUUCGACUGUUGUUAGAAUAUAAUUUCUACCAUAUUAUACAAUUUCAGUAUUCCAUACAAAACAUUCCAUUUAUUAAAUAUAAUAUAAUUUAUUAUUAAUAUAAGUAGACAACAUAAUAUAUUAUGUUAAAAACGCGUUCCAAACGCAUUACAUAUAUUAAUAUAAUUAAUAACUAAAUUAAUUUUUGACAUUGUUAUUACUUAUUAUUAUUAUGUUGUACGUUUUCCCUUCAGAAGACUGACAUUGAUAAAAUAUUUUUUUUUCAUAUUUUUAUCCCUACUUUUUUAAGGUCCUUUUUAACGAUUUAAUAUUUAAUUUAAGUAUAAUAUUAACAUAAUAUAUAGAUUAUUAUUAUUUUUAAUGAUAGAUAAGUUUUGUCGUAUAAUAAGGAAAAAAAUAUUAAAAUAAAAAAAAAAUUACUAAACAUAAUUAUUUUUAAGGCUGGGAAGAUGCAAUUCCGUAGGUUUUAAGUAUACACUAUACAUCACAUUAUUGUUAUCUAAUAAUCGUAUAUAUAUUAUAUACAAUAAAUUAUAUAAUAAUAUUAUAAUUUAUAACAUAAUAUUAUAUACUUUUUCUUUCUUUAACACGUUAAGUUCUUAUAGAAUGAUAAUUAAAUCGUUACCGUGACGAAUGUGGCCAUUUAAUACUGCAGAUAUGAUAUCCUUUACCCGGGCGACUGCACUGACGCCUUCCACAUGACAGUGUGGAGGGCGUGUGAAAAAAUGCGGUCAAUAGGCACCCGAGGUCGAGGACAAAAUGUAGUUUGUAGGUGUUUUGCGAUUUUUGUUUCGUUUUUACUAUAGGUACUCUUUAUAUUUGUUUAUUCAAUUCGUUUUUAUUUCGUUUUUAGCUAUAAUAUUAUAUUGUUAUGUGUUAAUUAUUAUUAAUAUUACGUGUUCGUACGUGUUUAAUAUACUUGUAUAUUAUAACACGACGACGGAGGUGCACGAGUGGGUCAUACUAGUCCUCGUGAUCGCGAUUUGGAUUGUAGUUUCUCGUACGAGAAACCGUUCAAAUCCGACACGACUUAUUUUAGUCUAUAAGAAUAUUAGAUUUUAAGUAAUUAUUUAUAUAUAAUAUGUAUGUUAUAUAUACAAUAUACAUCAUAUACGUGUAUUAAAUGAUAGGUAUAAUUAAGAUUUAAUGUCGUAGUCGUUUAAUAAGAUGUUCGUCAUUUUAUUUUUCUCGUAAAUAACAUUUUCCCCCAGCUAUUAUUACAACUUCCAGGGGUUUUGAUAGGUAUUUUUAAUACUAUUUUUAAUAAUCCAUGGUUUUUUAAACACAUUCGGACUCUUGGUUAGAAUACAUUACUAUAUUUUACCUCUCUCGGUACAACCCUAAAUCGACACAAAACAACAAUGAAAAAUGGUUAAAACCAAUAUUACUAUAUAUUAUAUCUUGGCUGAAUGCCGCACCGGUUUAUUAAUAAUUGAUCUUAGUGUCACACAUACACAUUCAAUUUAUAACAUGUUUAUUAUUAUUUUCACAAUUUAGUCGAACGUCUUUAAACCGUUUAUGUUUUGUACAUACAUAUGUAUAAUUAUUAUAAUUAUAUUGAUAUUAUGUGUAAUAAUCAUUAAGGCAUUUACUAUUAAUUGGGCGAAAAAUGGCUGUUCUGAGAAUGGAAAACGAGAGAGAGAGAGCCAUACACUAUUGAACGUUUGUAUUAUUAUAUUUGGAUACCUUCUUCCAAUCUAAUCUCACCGGAUAUUAUUAUUAUAUUUAAUAUAACACAAUGCGAUGUGCUUACUAUUACAUUCAGUAUUAAUAUUUGUGAUACCCAACGACUUCAUUUUUAAUGCCUUUAUCGUAUCACAGUAACGAAUUAUCUACCAUUGUACUAACAAAUAAAAACAAAAAUUUCCAUAUUAAAUAAUUAAUAAAAAAAAAAAAAAAAAAAUUGGUGUUUAUUACCAAUACCAUAAAUUUUGGUCUUUUAGAGAUUUUUUAAUUUUUCUCAGAUAGUUUAAAUGAUAUUAGUUCCUGAUUCAAAUUUAAGCGUUCAUCGGAAUAAAACUUAAUUUUUGGACUUAGCUAUGAUCCAAUGCAGACGCUUUCGGUAAACUAAAUUCGAUUCAUCAUAUUAUUUUUCAAUAUCGUUAAUCAUCACUUAUUAUUUAGUCACUGACCAUUGUAUUAUUAUAAAAUAUAAAUAUUGUGUGGUACCCAUGAUUCAGAAUGAUCAUUUUUCACCGCUGUUUUCUCGUUUUAUUUGUGUUAAAUGUAAUUUUUUUCAUUUUGUUUAUGUUGUUGUUUUUUUAAAUGAAAAAAACAUAAGAGGCAAGCUUCAAAUGAUCUCAUGUUUUAGCUUUUCAUGACGACCACGUUGAAAAAUGUCGUCGUUUAGUUUUUAUCCCUGGGAUAAUCCAAUAACGAUUUCCCUCUCUCGCGGCGUGUGUACUUAAACAAUAAUAUUACUUCAUAAAUUUUGUGUAACUUAAAUAUUAUUAUUAUUAUUAAUUAUUAUCUCUAUUAUUAUUAUUAUUAUUAUUAUUAUUGUUAUUAUUAUUAAUUUACGUUAAUGGUAUAAUAACAAUAUUGUUAUAUAAAUUAAACACUAGCUAUGAGCUAGACUUUACCUGAAUGUGUGCAAUCAAAUAUUAUUAAUAAUAAUAACAAUAAUAAUAAACAGUUCUGUUUUUUUGUAGUUAAAUAUGUACCUAAUUUCCCUUCACCGAUCAAAAAACAAAUCAUAUUAUACUGUAUACAUAUUAUAUAAUAAUAAAUAAUACUUUAUGUAAUAUGUACAUUAUAACUUAUAAUAAACAUAAUUAAAUUCGCAUAUUCCAUGAUUAUAUUACUAUAUAUGUUUAAUAUGAACUUGAAAAUAUACGUGUUCGUUUGUGUACUUACAUUUGUGUCUAUAUAUUAUAGUGAUUAAAACGUUUUGUGUCUCGAUGUACGAAAUAUUUGUUGGUAGGCUUAUAUUAUUAUAAUUAAGAAUAUAAUAUUGUUUAUUUGUGAUUCUUGUCAUUUUAUAAUGUUUUUUAAAACUUUUCUUUUACAAUUUUUUUGUUAAUUAUUAAUAUUUAAUAGGUGUGUUAAUCGAUAAGUGAAUGAUGUUUUUUUUUGUAUUUUGAACAAAACGAUGAGAGAAAAAAAUUAUUGUGUGCUAUUCAUUAUUUCAUUUUUGUUUUCAGUCGCCGCAAUAAUAUACACAAUAUACUUAUUAUAUUAUAACAUAAAUCAUAAUAUUAUUAUAACACAGUUCUAUAUAUUUGACGACCGUCAAGUUAAAGAAAUUCUGAGAAAAUAUCAAAAUUGUUUUAUAUAUUAUUUCUAAAACGAAAUAAAUAAUAAAAAUUAUAAAUGUCUUAUAUAAUAUAUAUAA